UCUAAUAGACAGAAUCAAACAUACGUUCUCAAAGAUAAAAGUUCUGCAGUAAUUAUUAACAGAUAGCAAAAGAUUUGUAAUAGAGUACUAAAAUGGAUCCGAUAAGAAUAUCAGUUCUAAUUGUAUGUUGGGAGAAAAGUUCGGAUGAAGUUACUAUUUGGAGAGAGGAGUUACAAAAGAUAUUUGAUACUUUGCCUACACCAUUGCAACAAAUUGAUGUAUCUGACACAUUAUGUGAACAAAAUCCAGAUGAACUAGAGGAACAAAUAAUUGCCAUAGCCGAUUCAAAUACAGCUGAUAUCAUUCUUAUACUUGAUCUAGCCUCAAAGCAAUCCGUUAUAACUGAAAUAAUUGAUAAGAUCGCAGAUAGAGAAGAUACAAUCGGAAAAGUGUUUGCGGAAAUACCAACAUUUCUAAAAGCAAAAAUCAAAUCUCUAAAGUUUGGAUGUCGAAAUAAUAAAUUAAUUUUUCUCAAGACUGCCAAGAAAUCUGGAAUAUUUAAAAUUAUAGGGGCAAUUGCAGAUACAAUAGUACUUGCCGCACAUUUGCUACGAACUGUGGUGCGCAACAUUGUUACUCGUCCAGAAAGGCCAUUCGUCCAUGUUCAUCGUCCAGAAGUGGGAGAAGACAAGAUCUUGUGCACACAACAUAGCAGGUCAUCCUCUGAAAUAGAAAUUUCGGAACUUUCUACUUCAUUUAACUCAUCUCAGACAGACAAAAAUAUAUCUACAAACCAAAAGACAUGUCAGUCCAAAGUUUCUAUAAAAGAAGCAUUGGAAGAAAUUAAUUACUCGGUAUCUGAAGUCUACUCACUAGAAGACGAAAAUAUAUCUACAAACGAAAAUACUUGUGAGUCCGAAGUUUCUGUAAAUGAAGCAUUGGAUUGUAUUAAUUGUUUGGUAUCUGAAGGUGUCAUCAUACCAGAAGACAACUCUGUAUUCAUAAAAGACGCCUUUGGCAGUAUACUUUCGGAUACAAUAGAUUGCAAGAGUAAUGUGCCACCGUUUUUAGUUUCCACUAAACAGGGAUAUGCGAUAAAUGCGGGGAAGGAUGUAACUGAAAUAAAAAUGGAGACUGAUGAGUCCAGCAAAAUUGGUUUGUUUGUACUUGACCCUGAGACGACUGCAUUUGUAGAGAAGGGAGCAUGUAUUCCCUUUGGAGCAAAUACGGUUAUACCAAUAGAGCAUGUAAAUCAUUUUGGUGAUGCGGAAAUGCCAAUAAUAACAACGUCACAUACAGUAAAAUAUGGGGAAAAUACUAAAUCACCAGGUAGCGAUAUAAAAGAAAACGAUAAAAUUAUAAAAGGAUGUACACGUAUCGGUCCGGCGGAAAUAAAUCUUCUGUCAGCGUGUGGUCACAGCGAUGUAAAAGUUUCAGAAAAACUGUCCAUUGGUGUAUUGACCAUUGGAAAUAACUUACAGGAUCCUGGACAAUCUUUACAUCCAGAAGCAUCAUAUGAUAACAAUCGAGCAAUACUAAUCUCACUAUUAAAAGAAAAUUGUUUUAACCUAUUUAAUUGUUCGAACUUCGGAAUUAUAAGUAAAAAUACGGAGCUUAUAACACGAAAAAUCACAAACGCUCUAGAAGAUGUAGAUUUACUUGUGACAACUGGCUGUUCCAGUGAUAAAGACUGUUUGAAGACUAUUUUAAAGGACCACUUUGAAGCCGCGUUUAAUUUUGAAAAUGUUAAUAUGAAACCAGGGAAGUCAACGGCACUUGCAUCGUGCAACUUCAAAAACAAGGGCAAGAUUAUCUUAUGCUUGCCAAAAAAUCCAGCAUCUGUUUUCCUGACUGCAUAUUUAUUCCUUCUUCCUCUUGUUGACCAAAUAUUCUUUCUCAACAAAAAGUACCCUGAAAUGGUGGUUAAAUUGGAACAAAAAUUACUUUUGCAUCGUCGUCCAAGAUACGUAUGGGCGACUUUAUCAUGGCGCGAGAAAGGAAUAAAACCAACAGUAAAAGUUACAUGCAAAGAAGAAAAUUCUAUCAGUAACAAGCUAUCUGACAUUGACGGUGCUAAUGCACUCUUAGUAUUACCAGCGAAAACACCAGAAAAAAGUACGCUCGAGGCUUCAUCGUUUGUAAAAGCAAUACUCAUCAAAAUGCCUAAUUUAGUUUCUUAAGAAAAACGACGAACUGGUUAGCAUCACCAAAGAUUGAAAUAUUAUGCAUAUAAAUUAACAUUAAUUCUAUACUUUAUAUCAUUUUACAUUUUAUCAUUGGCUGCACCAGCAAAAAUCUCAUAUAAUAAA